GACACAACGACGAAGAAAACAUGGAGCUCUUUGUGAUUUCACCUCAUUUGAGAUUUACUAAUGUAACUAUCGCUGCGGGCUCGACUGUCAGUAAUCUGAUCGAUCAUUUCACCUCUAAAGAGGGUGUCACUUUCACAGAUUUCUACGUGAAGAGUAAUGGCCGCAUAUGUCACAGUAAUGAUUUGCUUCAGACUGGAGUGCUGUACCGUGUGGAGCCUCGGUUAUGUGGGGGCAAAGGAGGAUUUGGCUCUAUGUUAAGGGCACUCGGUGCACAAAUUGAAAAGACCACCAACCGUGAAGCUUGCAGGGAUCUGAGUGGAAGGAGACUGCGAGAUGUUAACCAUGAGAAAGAAAUGGCAGAGUGGUUGAAAAAUCAGGCGGACCGAGAGGCAGAGAAGGAGCAGCGUCGUUUGGAGCGAAUUCAGAGGAAACUCGCUGAGCCGAAACAUUAUUUCACUGACACAAAUUACGAGCAGCAGUGCCACGACCUCUCAGAGAGACUGGAGGACUCCGUAAUGAAAGGCAUGCAGGCUUCUUCUAGUGGGCUCGUGCAGGCAGACGAGGGGCCAAGCCGCAAGCGUCCGACUCCAACCGACAAGCAAAAGAAAGCAAAAAGGAAAUGUUUCUGGUCUGGUGUUGGGGGACUGGAUGAGAUGGGUAGCUCUGGUGAAGGCAGUGAUGACAGUGACAGCGAAACAUCUCCCUCUUCCCCUGGAGCUUCCUGUAGUUCUGAUGUACCCAAACCAGCUUUACUGCCUUCCACAUGCAGGAGGCAGCACAGAACUGAACCUCAGGACCAUCCAAGCAGCACCAGCAGCUCCUCAUGUCUUGCACCCUGCUCCCCCACAAACAUCCUUGGGACAGAGGGGUUAGAGAGGGAGGCAGAGAUAGAAUAUACUCAGAUUGGAAGCACUGAAGAUGAGAAGGUACCAAUGCCAAACACAGAGGAGGUGGAGAGGGAGGCAGUGAUAGAAUAUACUCAGAUUGGAAGCACUGAAGAUAAGAAGGAACCAAUGCCAAACACAGAGGAGUUAGAGAUGGAGGAAAAGAAGGAAUAUACUCCAAUUGGAAGCACUGAAGAUGAGAAAGUACUAAAGCCAAACACAGAAGCACAAAACUGCCCAGCUGAUAGCAGUCAGACACCGGAACUGGUGGAGGGUCCAUUGGAUUUGCUCUCUGUGAGUGGGGUGGAGCAGUUGGAGUCUCUGGGUCUGGAGAGGCUGAAGAAAGAGCUGAUGGAGCGAGGGAUGAAGUGUGGAGGAACACUGCAGGAGCGUGCUGCUCGUCUUUUCUCUGUCAAAGGACUGAUUCCAGAUCAGAUUGAUCCUGUGCUCUUAGCCAAACCCAGCAAGGGCAAGAAGAAAUAACUUGCUUCUGAACCACAGAAUUAUUGUUUUUCCAUUUCUGUUCUGCUUUUUAUAAUUGGCGCAUCGGUUUUUUUCUUUUAUUAAUUAGUAUUUCUUUUAAGAUAUGUAAUAUUGAGGGGAGGGGGGUUAGCACCUAAUUACAAAAAAUCCACUGUUUGGGAAAGAUGGUGUGUGCUAGAAUUUGAAUUCGUAACAUCAGCAUUCAUUUCAGCUGCUUGAACAGUCAUGUUGUUUUUUUGGUAAGUUACAACAUGCGAGACUCAGGCUAACCUUUUUGUGAUAUACACAAUAAAUUCUUUAUGGUUGCAUAGCUAUUUUGAUUCAUACAGUCAAUAACAUUUUCAUAGAGAAAGUUAUGCAACAACUGUGCAAGAGGAACUGGCUGUUUUACAUCUAACAGGUUGUUCACAUUGCAUAAUGUUUGAAUUGUAUGUGUGAUCAUGUAUUUCACUUUCUGUUUUAUGGUUGAUUAAAAAUGU